CAGACGCUAAUACAGCCUAAACGUUAGUUCUCUGGUAUAUAUACUUGUAUUUGAAAACCCUAUAUCACGCUUAAAGUGAUUAUUUUAGUGGCCUGUCAAUCAAGAGUCUGUCAUCAGGCUAGGUUGAGACUGCAGAUCUUUUCCACGUCAGUGUGUUUACUAAGACCACCAAGACCAGACUGACAGCUGCAGGAAAGUCUUCAAUUUAUUCACUUCUGGAGCAUUUCUUAAAGAAUGAAUGCAUAAGCGGUGUUUGGGAACAUUACGUUAUCACGCAGUGGAAUGUCCGACAUUUUUAGUUUUUCUUUUUGUAGUAGUGAACUGAACUUUGGUCUUCUUCAUUCACUGUUGGCCGGCUAGCGUGCCGAGCUAGCCUAGCAUUAGCUACAACAGGACUCCAUCUUUGAAAUACCAGCCACACACAGAAAAGCAGCAUGGUGGACAAGAAUAUCUACAUCGUCCAGGGUGAAAUUAGUAGUGUUGUUGGAGCUAUCAAGAGGAACUCCAGAUGGAAUACGCACACUCCACUGGAUGAAGAACAGGACCCAUUACUCAACAGCUUUGGCCACCUCAAGGAAAUACUCAACAACAUAAAAGAACUCUCCAAUGUUGAACCCAACGUUUUUCUAAGGCCCUUCCUAGAAGUGGUCCGCUCUGAAGACACCACUGGACCAAUCACAGGCCUCGCUCUUACCUCUGUCAACAAGUUCCUUUCCUAUGGUCUUAUAGAUGCUAACCAUGAAGCAGCAGCAGAGGCCAUCGAGAACAUGGCAGACGCAGUCACACACGCUAGAUUUGUGGGAACUGACCCUGCCAGUGAUGAAGUCGUCCUUAUGAAAAUUUUACAGGUCCUGAGGACUCUGCUGCUGACGCCAGUUGGAGCCCAUCUGACUAACGAGUCUGUUUGUGAGAUCAUGCAGUCCUGCUUCAGGAUCUGCUUUGAGAUGCGCCUCAGUGAGCUGCUCAGGAAAUCAGCUGAACAUACACUGGUUGACAUGGUGCAGCUACUGUUCUCCCGACUACCUCAGUUCAAAGAGGAGGCCAAAAGUUAUGUUGGAGCCAACAUGAAGAAGUUGAAGAUGCGUGCCGGUGGGAUGAGUGAGUCAUCUAAAUGGAAGAAGCAGAAACGCUCACCAAGGCCGCCUCGCCACAUGGUCCGAAGUCCCUCCGGUCAGAUGGACCCAUCCCAGUCCAGCACCCUCAGCAACAACAACCUUUCAGGUGGUGUCCCAUUCAUUGAGCAAGGCUUGUCGACCUCUAGCCUACCAGCUUCAGACAGUGCUGGUUCAUCCAUUUGCAGCCCUACAACCACAGACAGUGGUGUGGACACCUGUUCCAAAGCCACCUCUAGGGAAGACCUUUCUGACCUGGAACUAUGUAGCUCAUCUGCAGCCACCCAUAGUACUGCUACCACACUCCCUGGGAUUGAACUUGGCUCUCCUGAUACACAAUGUGAGGGCAGGCAUUUUGAACCAGCUCAGUCUGCCUCAGUGGAGUCCAUACCUGAAGUUCUGGAGGACAAAGAUUCCAUAACAGAGCAGUCUGACAGCACCUCUGUCCAUGACAUGGACUAUGUCAACCCCAGAGGAGUCCGUUUUACACAGUCUACACAAAGAGACGGAGCGUCCCUCAUCCCUUAUGGCCUGCCAUGUCUAAGGGAGCUUUUUCGCUUCCUGAUUUCCCUGACCAACCCCCAUGACCGCCACAACACUGAUGCCAUGAUGCACAUGGGCUUGCAGCUGUUGACUGUAGCACUCGAGUCGGCACACAUUGCUAACUACCAGACUUUGCUAGGACUGGUCAAAGAUGAGCUUUGCAGACAUCUCUUCCAGUUGCUGAGUGUGGACCGUAUGAACCUAUAUGCUUCCUCCAUACGAAUUUGCUUCUUGCUUUUCGAAAGCAUGAGAGUACACCUAAAGUUUCAGCUCGAGAUGUACCUAAAGAAACUGAUGGAUAUCAUAACAUCAGAGAACAUUAAGAUGCCCUAUGAGAUGAAGGAGAUGGCUCUGGAGGCACUGGUCCAGCUGUGGAGGAUCCCCAGCUUUGUCACUGAGCUGUACAUCAACUAUGACUGUGACUUCUACUGCUCCAAUCUGUUUGAGGACCUCACCAAGCUGAUGUCCAAGAAUGCAUUCCCAGUGUCAGGGCAGCUCUACACCACCCACCUCCUGUCACUGGAGGCUCUGCUCACAGUGAUUGAUAGCACUGAAACCUUCUGCCAGGCCAAGGUGGUCAACAGCACUGCUCAUCAAGACCAGUCAGAAACACUGCUGGCAGAAGACGAACGUUCAACCAAAAACGGAACAGACACUACAAGUGACCUUAACAGACUGGACAGUACCAAUGAUCUUAGUCGUCCACAAGCUGAGAAUGCACCAAUGUGUCCACCAACCAGUGGAUAUCUGAUGGCAGAGAAGAUGAGUCUGGGUAGACAGGAUCAAGGGGACAGUGACGCUGCUGAAAAGAAAGCCCCGAAAAUUCCCCAACGUUUUACAUCAUGUUUACCUGAUUCCCAAGAGUUGAUGGAAAUUAGAACGAAGAAAAAGCUGCUAAUCACAGGGACAGAGCAGUUUAACCAGAAGCCCAAGAAGGGAAUCCAGUUCCUGCAGGAGAAAUGCCUCCUCACUAACCCAGUGGACAACAACCAGUUGGCCCAGUGGCUCAGAGAAAACCCUCGAUUGGACAAAAAGAUGAUUGGCGAGUACAUCAGCAGUCGCGAGAACAUGGAGCUCCUAGACAGCUUUGUAAACACAUUCACCUUCCAGGGGCUUCGUAUUGAUGAGGCCCUGCGGCUCUACCUGGAGGCCUUUAGACUUCCUGGAGAGGCUCCUGUCAUCCAAAGACUCCUGGAAACCUUCACAGACAACUGGCAUAAAGUGAACGGCUCUCCUUUCAUGAGUAACGAUGCAGGCUUUGCCUUGGCCUAUGCUGUCAUAAUGCUGAACACUGACCAGCAUAACCACAAUGUUCGCAAGCAGAACAUCCCCAUGACUGUAGAGCAAUUCAAGAAAAAUCUGAAGGGAGUAAAUGGAAACAAAGACUUUGACCAGGACAUGUUGGAGGAUAUCUACAAUGCUAUCAAGAAUGAGGAGAUUGUGAUGCCAGAUGAGCAGACAGGGUUGGUGAAGGAGAACUAUGUAUGGAGUUUGUUGCUACACCGCGGCGCCACACCUGAGGGUGUUUUCCUCCACGUGCCACCUGGCAGCUAUGAUCAUGACUUGUUCACCAUGACCUGGGGUCCCACCAUCGCUGCCCUAUCUUACGUCUUUGACAAGAGCCUGGACGACAACAUCAUCCAGAAGGCCAUCACUGGCUUCAGGAAAUGUGCAAUGAUAGCUGCUCACUAUGGCUUCAGUGAUGUUUUUGACAAUUUGAUCAUCUCUCUCUGCAAGUUCACCACUCUGAGCAGUGAGUCUGUGGAAAACCUUCCUACAGUGUUUGGCAGCAACAGUAAAGCACAGAGAGCAGCCAAGACGGUGUUUGACCUCGCACAUCGGCACGGCAAUAUCCUGAGGGAGGGCUGGAAGAACAUAAUGGACUCAAUGCUACAGCUGUUCAGAGCCGAGCUCCUACCCAAAGCCAUGGUUGAGGUGGAGGAUUUUGUGGAGCCAAAUGGAAAAAUUUCACUUCAAAGAGAGGAAACGCCUUCAAAUCGAGGUGAGUCGGCAGUGUUGAGCUUUGUCAACUGGUUGACGCUGAGUGGAGCUGAGCAGUCAGGACUCAGAGGGCCGUCCACGGAAAACCAGGAGGCGAAGCAGGCCGCCAUCCUCUGCAUAAAGCAAUGUGACCCAGAAAAGCUGAUAACAGAGAGUAAAUUCCUACAGCUGGAGUCUCUACAGGAGCUAAUGAAGGCUCUGAUAUCAGUCACGCCAGAUGAAGAGACUUAUGAUGAAGAGGAUGCGGCCUUCUGCUUGGAGAUGUUGCUGCGGAUUGUUCUGGAGAACCGAGACCGGGUAGCAUGUGUGUGGCAGACAGUGUGUGACCGCCUCUGCCAUCUUUGCGUCCAUGCCAGUGAGAGCUGCUUCCUAGUGGAGAGGGCUGUGGUGGGACUCCUUAGACUCGCAAUUCGAUUGCUACGACGAGAAGACAUUAGCUCUCAGGUUCUCCUCUCUUUGCGUCGCCUGCUGAUGAUGAAACCUCAUGUCUUGUCCCGGGUCAGCAGGGAGGUGGCCUACGGCCUUCAUGAGCUGUUGAAGACUAACGCAGCCAACAUCCACUGCACAGACGACUGGUACACACUCUUCUCCCUUCUGGAGUGCAUCGGCGCCGGAGUAAAACCUCCUGCCUCUUUCCAGCUCACCUCCAUCACUACCGACAAUGACACAGGAGCCCAGUCAGAUAGUGAGCUGUCAUCUCAUCAUCCCAGUGAAGUGAGUGUAGACCGUGGCUACACAUCUGACUCAGAAGUCUACACUGAGCACAGCAAGUCCAGGAUCCCUCGCUCCACAACAGACGUGGAUGUAGCAAGCAGUGGAUGGCUCAUGGUUGGGAAAGAUGACUUGGAGACAAGUAAGAUCCCUCCAGUAAGCUCUAAAGCUCACCUGAAUCACCCUUUGGUCAACCAGUACAGUCUGACGCUGGGCCAGGACCUGGGCCAGCACGACACCAAGUCUCUCAUCAAGUGUGUGGAAACGCUGUCUUUCGUAGUGCGCGACGCUGCCCAUGUCACCCCUGACAACUUUGAACUGUGUGUUAGAGCUAUACGAGUGUUUGUGGAGGCCAGCCUCAAUGGAGGUUACCGCAACCAUGACAAAAAGAAGAGCCACAAGUACGAUAAGUCCAGGAUGAGGAAGAAGGCAGGGGGAAGGGAGAAGGAGGCUGGAGGUGGCACAAGGCGAGGUGGCAGCCGGGCGUCCAGCCAGCGUCCAUCACGUUCCCACAGCGACGACGAGGAGGACGAGGGGGUCCCGGCCAGCUACCAUACUGUGUCAUUACAGGUUAGUCAGGACCUUUUAGACCUGAUGCACACACUGCACACCCGGGCUGCCAGCAUCUACAGCUCCUGGGCAGAGGAGCAGCGCCAUCUGGAGGCUGCAGGCAGGAAGAUUGAGGCCGACUCCCAGACUCUGUGGACCAGUUGCUGGUGCCCGCUGCUGCAAGGCAUUGCUUGGCUGUGCUGUGAUGCCAGGCGACAGGUUCGUAUGCAGGCCCUCACCUACCUCCAGAGGGCCCUGCUCGUUCACGAUCUGCAGACACUUGACGCAGCUGAGUGGGAAUCCUGCUUUAAUAAGGUGCUCUUCCCCCUGUUAACUAAGCUGCUUGACAACAUCAGCCCAGCAGAUGUGGGCGGUAUGGAGGAGACCAGAAUGAGAGCCUGCACACUCUUGUCAAAGGUUUUCCUCCAGCACCUCUCUCCUCUGCUGUCCCUGCCUACCUUUGCUGCCCUCUGGCUCACCAUUUUGGAUUUCAUGGACAAGUACAUGCAUGCAGGAUCCAGUGACUUACUGCUGGAAGCAAUCCCUGAGUCUCUGAAGAACAUGCUGCUGGUGAUGGACACAGCGGGGAUCUUCCACAGCGCGGACUCCAGGACAGGAUACUCAGACUUGUGGGAAAUCACCUGGGAACGAAUCGUCUGCUUCCUGCCUCACCUGAGGGAUGAGCUAUUCAAACAGACCGUCAUAACAGAUCCAGUGCCCAGUCCUCCAGCAGAGACCGGGCAGCCUGCACCACCAGCAAGCCAGCCUCUAUCCCCUCAAUUGGGUCCACCACCUACCCAGCCGUCCUCCCCAGUCCCAAUCAGCCCUGCAGAGACACAGACCCCCAGCAGGCCAGCAUCACCCGAGAAGCCCCAGUCAGCCAGUGCCAAAGGAUCAGACCCGUCAUCUCCGGCCCCACCCUCAGUCCGCCCCAUGCCGGUGCCGUUAACAGCGUCCCCUGCUCAGACUGCCUCCCCCCUGAGCCAGUCCCCCUUUAUCCUGCAGCCCCUCGCCUCUCCCCUGCAGGUUGGAGUCCCGCCGAUGUCUCUGCCAAUCAUCCUAAACCCCGCCCUAAUUGAGGCCACGUCCCCUGUACCGCUGCUUCCCAGUCCCAGACCUACAAGCCCCUCUGAUGAGGUCAAGUAAAAGGAUUCAUGCUACUGCCCCCCCCCCCCCCCCCCCACACACACACACACACACACACACACUCUGUCAGCUUUCUAGACCACCACCCUUGAACAACUGGACACAAAAGAGGCCAACUUCAAGUACAAGAGCUGCUGGAUACCAGGUUUUUGAAAUGACGUAAAUGUAUGAGAAGAAGUUAGACAUGACUCCUCAGUUCUACCACAUUUGAUUUAAAGGAAGAAUCCCACAACUUACAUUGAAGCUUGCAUUGUGCCAUGUUUUAGUAUAUUUUUAUUCCUUAUGGAGACAAUAUAACGUCAUGUCCAGAUAUCUGGGAACAGGAAAUGCAGGACCAAAGUGCAACUUCCAUUCCCAGCACCGAGCUCCUGCUCCCUUUGUUGCUGGGGGGAGGAUUUGGAUGUUUAGGCAACCUGGGGAGAGUUGAUGUUGUACUGCACAUGGUAAACACUUGACUGGCUGAUCCCAGUACUUUUUAAACUCAAUGGAUUAUAUGUAUUUUAGACAAAUUCAAUGAAAUAAAAAUUCUGAUUAAGUAUUUCCCCACCACAGUUUUAUUUUUGGGAGUUUAAGCAAGGCUUUAAAGGUAAAGGCAGGUGUUCUUUUUAUUUAUAUAUAUAUUUUAUAUUUUUCUUAUUGUCUUAAAAUCUGAAAAAAGACCCAAACCAACAAUGCUGAAUAAGUAAAUCUUUAAAAACACCUCACAAAUACUUUCAUUUCCUAAAACAGCUGCUCCCUGUGUUUUUAACAAAUGUAACUCAAACAGGAGAACAUUUAUUGGAGACUAUUUUCAGUGGUGGAUGAAUCCACGUGGUGGUCUAGUGAGCAUUUCGGGCAGCAUGACAGUAUAUGUGGGACUGAGUCAGAAUAAACUACAGUGUGUUGAUGGUGAUGAAGGAACAUGUCAUCCAGUGCAGCAGUGACGCUCACUGAUGGGUUUUAAUAGUUUUGGACCACAGUGGAGCUCUACACCUCAGAGGAAGAAGAGACUGUGAUAGAUACAUAAAACUUGUUGGCAGGAUCACUUCAUUGUUGGUGUGGCUCUGCGUGUGGAGUGGAGUGAAGAAAAAUGUGUAAGAAAAAUAUUAAAUAUCACCAGCUUAGGGGGAGAAAGUCUCAUGAUUUCUAGGCAAUGGUCCUGACUUCAACACACUCCUGAAGGGACAGAUUCAUCCAACAGUUUUCACACAUGCAUACAUAUAAAUAACAGGUUUACUCCUGUGUUGUCUCACACACUUGCUGGGAACCAUUCGGAGGUUUUCAGUGGAAGGAGAAACACGUGCAGGAUACUUUCCUCACCUGAAGGGUUUUUCUUUCAGAGGACCCCUCCCCUACCUCAGAUUUGAACUUGAUGAGACCAGGCUGACCUUAUGGCUCCAUACUGAUCUAGAGGCAGGGACAGUAAAGAUCCACACAAGUAAGUUAUUUGGAUUAUAGGUACUGCUCGUUGUUGAUUAAAUAGGAUUAUCAGAGCUUUGAACUUAAGUCGAAUUUUAUACCACCCCCACUAAGGGAUCGCCAUCUGACUGAAAACCUUUUCAGAUGCGCUGGCCUGUAUGUUUUUCUUUUUACUAAUUUCUUAUCAAUUCUGUGCAAGUUUAUUGCCCCAACAACAAAAACAAGAAUUUAGGGAACCCUAUGAAGUCCUCCUCCGCCUGACAAAGAGGGACUGUGUGCACAUGAAGACUUUCUCAGAUGGAAGGGAGUUUUUACAUCUACAACAUUCCUACAACUGUAGAUGCUUGAGUGUGCAGUGAGCUCUGUGAGUUAGAGAUCCAGGUGGUGAAUUUUAUGGUGUAAGAGUUCAUUGUUGAUGUCAUGUUAUCAUGUUCAUGUAGCUCGCUGCGUACAGUCCACACAUGAAGAUCCCCAGCGACUGAGGAGCCCUUUAUGUAACAACAAUGGGUUACUCAUCACAAACCUAAGGAAGAUAAUAAAACACUUUAAUAUAGUCAUUACUGAAUACUUUAACUGAAUUACAUGCUGAAUUUAUAGCAUUGGACGAUUUUACUUUACAAAACCAGCAGGUUUUUUUAAGUGGUGUAAUCUCAAAAACUUAAUUUUUAUUCAAUAACUUUAUUCCACAGCUGAAUUUAAGCAACAAAACAUAAAACUUCACGUCUUUGAUGUGGCAGCACAGAGUGGACUUCAGACCACAUCAGAUGGGUUUUCACAGUAAAAUGUCAUCAUGCUAUAGAUUUAUUGGUAUUUACAUUUCCAGAAUAAGUAUUCAGUUGUGGUCACAUUUCACAAUUAGGUGUUCAGCUGCUACAGUUUGUAUCCAUGGAAAUCUGUUGACAUUCUUGCAUGCUGACUGCCCUGUGUGCAAUGACAUGGACCCUGAUGAUCUCACAGAGACUCAUUCACCAUUAGAAUAUGAAAUGUGACCUGGAGCGGUGUAGGUGGACAGAAAGAUGUGGACAUGUAUUCAAAGUGGCCCUAGGAUUCUCUCAACGAUGUUUGUUAUUUAUUGAGUUGUGAAACAAGAUGUGGACAGUUCCACUGCAGUACAGCUGACAUGAAUACGUCAGCCACAUAGAGCCUCCAACAGGAGACACUUUGUAGGCUGUGUUAUUUGUUGUAUAGGACAAAUCUAUCAGGAGCUCAUUCUUGCUUGUACGUGAAAUUACAUGAAUAUGUGUGUGUAUAUAUAGAUGAAAGGUAAAGUACUUUUUACUAUGUAAUAAAUAUAAUGUAAAGAAAGUG